CGAAUUCGUUUACGACCCACUGAAUCCGACCCGUCAACCUAUUUUGCCACACCCCUAUCUACAGACUACAGGGCGCUUUCACGAACGAAAACCCUAAAAAUUAUUUCAAGUUGGAUGCGUCGCUUUCCUUCCUUUGCUCCGGCGCCAGCUCUCUCUCUGUUCUGCCUCAAAAUCGACGACGCUUUCCCAUUCUCAGGCGACAACGUUUUGGGAGAUGCCGCUGCAAUAGGCGAUUGCUUCUCGUUGGCCUCAACAAUCGGACGUUGUUCCAUUUGGGUCCAAUUCCUCCCUUACGUGCAGGCAAGCUCUCCUCUUUUUCUUAGCCGCGUCUCUCUCUCUCUCUCUCAUGCACGCACAAACAGAGUUGCAAGAUAUUCACUGUCGGAAUUUUAGUACUUCUCAAUAUUUCCUCACAGAACUUCUCCAAAUGUUGUAGAAGCAUAAAGACGUGAUUUGACUGUCGGGUAGGUGCAUUGCGGAAUCCAUAGUGACAUACCUUUGGGGGCCUAUUUCUAUUCUAACCUUGCGGUACAAUGAGAUUGGAAAAAUGUUGGUUCUGCUCAUCAACUAUAUACCCUGGACACGGUAUUCAGUUUGUUCGUAACGAUGCUAAGAUUUUCCGUUUUUGUAGAUCCAAAUGCCACAAGAACUUUAAGAUGAAGAGAAACCCACGCAAAGUAAAAUGGACCAAGGCCUACAGGCGGUUGCACGGAAAGGACAUGACACAGGAUUCAACUUUCGAAUUUGAAAGGAAGAGGAAUAGGCCAGAGAGAUAUGACAGAAAUGUUGCAGAGAACACCCUGAAGGCCAUGAAGAAGAUAGUUAAAGUCAGAGCUGAUAGGGAGGCCAGGCACAUCAAAUUGAGGAUGAAAGGAAAGAUGGCCAAGGAGCGCAGGGAGGCAGUGAAGGAGUUGGAGCAGAGUAUCCACAUGGUAAAAGCUCCUCCUGUACUCCAACAAGAUCAAUCUCUCACUUUACCGAAGAUCAAAGUCAAGGUUUCCCAGCUGCAAUCGGAGGGUAUUCGUAUAAUGGAAGAGUGAGUUUUCUCCACAGCAGAGCCGUUGACUCACCAUUUUCUAUUUUUUCAAAACAAAUGUUUUUACUAUUUGCUGUAGUGUAAUCUCCAUGGACAAUAGCUUCCAUCUGUUUUUCCUUUUUGUAUGUCUUGUGACACCAAUGUUUCGGCUUGUGUUGUGUGGACACAUUGAGAAUUGGCGCUAUCAGUAAUGUAGCAGUGGAGAGAAGAUUAAACUUGAUAAUAAAGAGAUUAAUUGCACUAA